CGGUCGGAACAUGGGUGGAGAAACAACCCUGUGUUGCUACCCUCUUGUUAUUAUUGCGCAAAGUGUCUUUAAUAGGUGGAAAAGUUUUAAAAAUUACACCAGGUUUAUAAGACUAUUAAGCAAAACGCAGUUAAACGGUAUCUAGUUUAAUCAGAGGAAAAGUUUUAUUUCAAAUUUACAUAUACGUUAGCAUCCAGCAGGCUAGCGUUAGCGAUGAUGGACAGUGAAAUGUCUGAUGUGGAUCAGCCUCCAGCGGUGGGCAACAGCAGCAUGGAGGAGGAGAAUGCACCCUUGUACUGCAUAUGUCGGAAACCAGAUAUCAACUGUUUCAUGAUUGGAUGUGACAGCUGUAAUGAGUGGUUCCAUGGUCACUGCAUAAAUGUGACUGAAAAGAUGGCCAAAGCUAUCAGAGAGUGGUACUGCCAGCGAUGUCAGGAGAUGGAUCCGUCUCUUGAGAUAAAGUACCGGUCCAAGAAGAAUCGAGAAAAGGAAGCAGAACCAGAGAGAGCUGAGAAGCGGUCAAGCACUCCAGACUUCAAACUUGAUAAGCGUCGAGGAUCUAAAGUCAAGCGGUCUGCACGUAUGUGUGGCGAAUGUGAACCCUGCCGACGCACUGAGGACUGUGCUCAAUGUGACUUCUGCAAAGACAUGAAAAAAUUCGGAGGCCCAAACAAAAUCCGGCAGAAAUGUCGACUGCGACAGUGUGUAGUUCGUGCACGGAAAAUGCUGCGCGUUCGGGAUGAGGAGUUUUCCCUCCGUGAGAGGAGGGAGAACAUAAUGCACAGAGACAGACGAUACUCAGACGACUUUGAUGAGAAUGAGAUGGAGCUAUACCAGCACUACAAGGAGCAAAACAUGCCAUGGGGAAGUGAGGAUGAGGAUGGGCCUAUUUAUAGCCCUGCUCGACGCAAAAAAGCAAUAAAAGUAAAGCACGUUAAGCGGCGAGAGAAGAAAAUUGACAAAAAGAAGGAGUCUCGUCGGCAUAAGCAGAAACAGAAGCAUAAAGAUAGGAUGCGACACAGUGACAGGGCGGACGGACGUCAUACUGGAGAUUUACACCAGUGUCUGGGCCCAAACUGUAUUGAGGCAGCCCGCCCAAACUCUAAAUACUGCUCUGAGGACUGUGGCAUGAAGCUAGCAGCCAAUCGGAUCUAUGAGAUUUUGCCACAGCGCAUCCAACAAUGGCAGCAAAGUCCGUGUGUGGCAGAGGAGCAGGGCAAGAAGCAGCUGGAACGAAUCCGGCGUGAGCAGCAAGCUGCACGUAUGCGCCUCGCUGAAAUGGAGCGUCGCUUCCAUGAACUGGAGGGGAUCAUUGCAAAAGCCAAACAGCAGGUGGUGCAGCAGGAUGAGGAGGUGAAUGAAACAGACAGUGAGGAUACAGAUCUUCAGAUCUUCUGUGUUUCCUGCAGUCAUCCCAUUAACCCCAAGGUGGCGCUGAGGCAUAUGGAGAGGUGUUACGCUAAGUAUGAAAGCCAGACAUCGUUUGGGUCUAUUUUCCCAACGCGAAUAGAAGGGGCGACGAGACUGUUUUGUGAUGUUUAUAACCCUCAGAGUAAAACGUACUGCAAAAGACUUCAAGUAUUAUGUCCAGAACACUCCAGAGACCCAAAGGUGCCAGUGGAUGAGGUGUGUGGAUGUCCUUUAGUGCAGAAUGUGUUUGAGCCGACAGGUGAAUACUGCAGGGUUUCAAAGCGCAAAUGCAACAAACAUUACUGUUGGGAGAAACUCCGGAGGGCAGAAGUGGACCUAGAGCGUGUCAGAGUGUGGUACAAGCUGGAUGAGUUGUUUGAGCAGGAGCGCAACGUGAGGACAGCGAUGACGAACAGAGCGGGCCUGCUGGCCCUAAUGCUGCACCAAACCAUACAGCAUGACCCAUUGACCACUGACUUGCGCAGCAACAAGGACAGAUAGCCAUACAGCCUGUUAUACUUGACAUCUUGAAGUUGCAGUUGUGGUUAUUCACUAUCUGUAUUAUCAGUUAUACGUUUUUUAUUUAAGAUGUAAUUUAAACAAGUACAAAGGGAUAUAUAGGAUUUUGCAUUCUGUAAUGCAGGCAACUGUUUCAUAAUUUUGCAUAAUUUCUGGUCGUUUUAUUUCAUUGUUUUAUAUAUCUUAAAGGGUCCAUAUCAUGAAAACAUGUUUUUUUUUGGUGUUUUUUUUUUUAUAAUCAGUUUCAUGUUGUGUGUGUUGUUAUUCACUCCCCAGUCCAUAUAUAGAAAUUAAGCUGCAACAACCACUCACACUGAAUUUAGUGUUUUUGUGUUGUCAUGAAAACCAGUGCAUUUCCACAGUACAUUUACUAUGUAGGAUAUAGUAUUGAAGCCUAUAGCAGUUAGAGAUAGAUUGCCCAUUCACAUUAAAGCUAUAUGAAGUGUUUUAGCUUUGGCUGCUUUUAGAACGAAUCACAAUACAGCUCAACCAAUUAGAAUGGACAUUGUUUACAUACAUCAGUCUUAAAAGCAUAGUAAUAAAAAACUGCCCUAGGAAAUGGUCGUGUAAAAAUCAAUGAUGGCUGAUUUUAGUACAUAAACCCACACAAAUGUUGUAGACCUCAGGGAAAAAUAAAAUGUGAUAAUGGCCCUUUAAUAACCCCGGUGUUGUUUCUAGAUUGAGUUUUAUGUGACUCACACUGUAGUUUCCAUGUCAUCUGAUGUUUCCAUUAUUUUGUCUAUGCUGUGUGAAUAGCCUCUAGAAGCCGAUCCUGAUUUGGUGUCUUCUUUGUCAACUUGUCAGCUUUACUUGAAUUUGUCUAAUGAAAUUUCUUCAUUGUGAACUUGCCAACAUUCUUCUCUACUUUUCUUUAUGAAUUCAUGUGAAAGUCA